ACAGAAACUUGCCUGUGGUAUGCUGUUGAGCUGUUGAGUGUUCGGCAGUGGCAAGAAGCAAUCAGAACUGUGUGGUCGUAUGGCCCACUAAAUGUUUCUAUUCGUGUUUGCAGUACUAUUUUAAGUGAUCGGAUUGGUGUGCUGGGCCGUAUGCCAGUUUUAUAUCUUGAAUGAAUGUUGUUUUUUAAGUGCCUUCAAUAUGGAAACAGUGAAUCUUGUGUCUUCACGAGUGAAAUGAAAGAAAUAAGAGGAAGUGCAGAAGUUCAUGUUAUUGGCGCAUUGUUCUCUCGAUAUGUGCGUGAUGUAUAGACAGAGUUUCAGGCGUAUAGAAAUGUGGUAAGUGGUUUGGUAGGUACAAGCAAGCUGGCAACGGUGAGGGAACGAGGGAAGCGGCUGCAUUCAGACAGAGUGGUUAAAGGAGGGACAGCGGGCUGCAAGAGGAAGUUCGUAGCGCUCGUCAUUUUGCAUACCAACACACCUUCUGCUACCUCCGGGGUCUUGCUGCGAAUUGUAUGAAGACAGUAUUGUGUAACUAUACGUAGAAAGCUGUUGGUGUUGCUCAUCAGGAGACAUGGACGUUUCAGUUUGGUGUGCGGUUAAUCACAGAUACAGACACUGCGCGCGCUGUUGACGGUGUUCGGCUCCUUGAGUAAAAAUUGCUGCUCAAGUUCUGUGAACUUCAUCCUAACGUCAAGCCCCUGUGUUCAGUUUUAUGUGGCAAGUUUUGGUGUAUAUCGUGUCUAAUUUGUGCUAUAAAUACGUGUAGGACACCAGAUUAUUCUUCCAACGUGCUUUUAAAUCCUGAUGGUGCUAGAAUGUUCCGUGUGAACAAAAAAAUAUAGUCUGUGAUAUGAGUUUUGUUUCAUUAUAAUGUGCCUUUGUAACAAGGAAGAAGGAAACUGAAUUCACUUCAGGCACAACUGUGUAAUUUUGAAGUGUGAGUGCAGUAUAUAGUGUUAUUUGAUAAUAAUUACUGAAGUGUGGAAUACCGUUCGCUUGGAUUGGUGCAGAAUCAGCAAUAAUGGGUCAGAAUUCUUCAACUCAUCACGAGCCUUUGGAUAGAGCAAAGGCUGCUCGAAGAUCCCUCAGACAUAUGAAGGGUGAAAAGGGUACAUCCCCACGCAGGAUGGACAGGUUACGACGGAGUUUUCGUGACAGUUUCCGGCGCCGCAAGGAGCAUGUACCUGAAAGUUCUAAACCUCAUCAGUGGCAUGCUGAUGAGGCUGGAGUCCGAGCAGGAACCUGUAACUUCCAUGUCAAGUAUCUUGGUUGUGUUGAAGUGUUCGAGUCAAGAGGGAUGCAAGUCUGUGAAGAGGCCUUAAAAGUAUUACGAAACUCCAGAAGAAGACCAGUUAAAGCAAUUUUGUAUGUAUCUGGAGAUGGCCUCAGGGUUGUAGAAGACGAAACUAAGGGACUGAUCGUGGAUCAAACUAUUGAGAAAGUUUCAUUCUGUGCCCCAGAUCGGAAUCAUGAAAAGGGUUUCUCAUACAUUUGUCGAGAUGGCACAACAAGACGUUGGAUGUGUCAUGGCUUCCUUGCAUUAAAGGAAUCAGGUGAAAGACUAAGUCAUGCAGUAGGCUGUGCGUUUGCUGCAUGCCUGGAACGAAAACAAAAAAGGGAUAAAGAAUGUGGGGUCACAAUGACUUUUGAUCCUAAAAACUCAACAUUCACAAGAACAGGCAGCUUCAGACAAACUUCAAUUACAGAGAGGUUGCAGGAUCCACAAGAACUGAAACCUAUAGAACCACCACCUGUGAAGCCUGUGUUUAAUCCAUAUGCCAUUGAAAGACCACAUGCUACAGUGUCCAUGCUGCAGCGCCAGGGUUCAUUUCGAGGGUUCCAGCAGUUAAAUCAAGCUUCUCCAUUUAAACGUCAGAUGUCACUUAGAAUCAGUGACCUUCCCUCGACACUUGAGAGACAACGAUCACUUAGCCUUGAAGGUUCAGACUUUCGACUUCCUCCCAUCCAUAUGAAGGCUCCAGCAAGCCCUCAGCCUCCUCCUCGGGUCAUGAGGAACCGCCUGCAAUCUCUCCCUAACACAUCGGAUGCCUCAGUUCUUAACAUGAGUCCCAUUCCUGAAUCAUCUCCAUUAAGUGACAAGGGUGGAGAUUCUGUGAGUGCUAUGUGUCAACAGUUAUCUCAAGGUCUGUCACUUCUCUCAUCCAAUGAUGAUUUUCUGACAGACUUGCCUCGAAACGUAACUAACAUAUCAAAUCCAGUGUCAUCUGCAGAAAGUGUAGCAAAACAGCUGUUUUCCACUCCAAACGACACACAGACACUACCAGCCUCUACUUCCAGUGGUGUUGUGUCAUCUGCUGAGCCCACAGAUUCUGUCAAGUAUCACAACAACAAUAACAACAGUAUUGCUGCAAAUCCAUGGACUGGAAAUACUGGCUCCAUGGGGCCAGUAAGCAGGAACCACUCCGCUUCACCAAGCAUUCUCCACAAGGUGCCGCCAUGGAGUUCACCUGUGCUACCAUCUCGUUCCACCCCCACACCACCUCCUACAAGCAUAGGGUAUUCGGGUACGCCUGCUUCCAUCACAACUGUUAUUGCAAGUAGUGAGCUUCCAAGACCAGAUCAAUGGUUGGGGAACAUCGUUACCUCAACUACUGCAGCUAGUGCAGGUACUCAGCCAGCCCUGCCACCUUCUCCUGCUCCUUCUCCAAGACGAGCACCACAUCUUUCUCAGCAUCUCCGUGCCCAUUCAUUAGGCUCUGCAGAAACAUUCCUGAUGCACCAUUCUGGUUCUGCAGUCCCUUCACAGUACAUGAAUGGCAUGCAGCAACAACAGCCCAUGUGGGCAAGUGCUCACAAUGCUAAUGGUCAGGUGCCUGCCACACAUGACCCAUUUGAUGCAGAGUGGGCAGCGAUAGCUGCCAGAAAUCAUCAACAGGCUGGCCAGUCAGUGACAGGAAAUAGCACCAAUCCUUUUAUUUCUGCUACAGCUGUAAAGACUUUUGAAGUGCAUAUGUGAUAAAUUGAGGUGGUUACAAAUAGAAAAGUUGGACCUAUGUUCCAUAAUCAACAUUGAAGAUUUUUGUAUACUGUGUUGCUUUUGUGUAUUUAAAAUAUAGGCACUCACAGGGAACAUGAAUUCUGUUAACAUAUAAGUAAAUCUGGUAGAGAGAUAUAUAUAUUACAUAUACAUAUUACAGAGACAGAGUACAGUUUUUGUUUGUUUCCCUAUUUUCCUUUUUUCUUUUUAAAUAAAUCUUCUAGCUGAAGUAAUGUGUAAAAUAUCUUCUGUGUUAAAAUAUAUACAACAUAUUCAUACAGCAGUGAAAGCAUUUUCAAUUUUCCUGAUAUUGUAUGUUAGAUUACAUGUUUAUAUUAAAAACAUGCAGAUGAGUAACAUCUGCAGCAAAAGUGGUAUAUAAUAGUAGUUGCUAUAGGAUGAGUCAGUUAUAGAAAAUUCAACGAUAUAUCUGCUGAAAGUUACUAAUGAGGAGCACAGUGAUUAUAUUCUAAUAUUUAUAUGUCCAUUGAUAUCAGAGUAAACAUAUUAUAACAAGAAUAUGUUGAUAGAAUUCAUGUCCGUGGUGUCAGAAUGGAUUCCUACCUGACAGUUGAAGUGACAGAUGAAGAUAGCUAAAGUUUCCGUGUUCAGUAUCACUGUGUAGAUUUUAGACAGAUCACAUACAUGUGAAUUAUUGUCAUUGCAGUGCUUUACUAGCUCAUUGCAAGUGAGCACAUUGCAGGAUACAGUACAUCAAUUGAUCCUAUGCUUGUAUGCUAUCACAUGUGAUUACCACUCUGGUGCAUUUAACAAGAUAUUUUUAAUAAUGCUGUGUUACUUAAUUAUAAAGAAAAUAUAUAAAGGGCAUAUUUUAGAGGCCAUUCCCAAGUUAAAUUUUCUUUCAAGAAUGAGUAUGCUCUGCUGGUGGAGAAUGUGAAGCUGAUGAAGCACAAAAUGAAAUUACUUUGUUCUUCAGGAAUUAACAUUCAGUUUAGUACUUAACCAGUUGUUAUUUGCCAUCUACCAUUGCCAGUGUAUGUAUGUAUGUAUGUAUGUAAGUAAGUGUAUAGUUGCUUUAGCAGAAGGCGUAUAUGAGCAGUUUGACAAAUUCUGGAAGACGAAUGUUUGAGUACAUGUGUUUUAAAUUGACAGUGUUGGUGUUGGGUGUUAAUCCUUUUCUGUUUAAAUGAUAUUAAAAUUAUCCCCAUGUAUACACAUACUAAAUAACUUAAUACAAAGCAGCAGACAGUGUUUAAGCACAAAAAUAGAAAUACUUGAAUAGAACAGUUAUAGGUAUUGAUUGUAUUUGUUAUUUUUAAAAAUUAUUAAUGGAAAGGUGCUUUUGAAUUUCAUGCUCAUACGUUGACAGACAUGUACUGUGUCUUAAACGUUUGAAACAGUUAUAUAUACUUCACUUCCUCACAGUCAUGGUUUUAAGCUUAUCACUAAAAAAAAGAGAAAUGCAAGAAUUGAGCAAAGCUCAAAAUGUAAUUAUUCCAUUAACUGUUUAAGAAAGUAUAAAGAAGGGAAUGUCAUUGUACUGAAAGAUAGUGGCAUUUUUUUUCAAGCAUAUUGUGAUCUUUUAUGUCAUAACACUGUAUUCUGGUAGGUGGUGUCAGUGUUAUUACUUACUUACCAGAUUACACAUUGCCUUAACACAGAAGGCCACAAUAUGAAUCUUCAGGACCAUGAAUAUCUCAGAUCUAUUAUGUCAUAUUUCAUUGUCUGUGAAUAAGAAAGAAAUUUCUGUACCUUUUGAAAUUAUGUUUUCCCUGGGUAUGAACUAUGCUGUGGUGGAAUGGAACUCAGACAUUUUGAAAUUAAAAUGUAUUUGAAAUCAUCUUUCACUAGUAAUGAAUACCAUUAGGCUCCAGCACUUUUGAAUUUUAUUCCAUCAUUACUGAAUUCAUACUUUGUGUGAUUUCUUCUUGUACCACAGACUUUCACAUCUUGUAUGCUGUAUAUUUUUCUUUUCGCCUAUCUUUAUUGUUACUUGCAUUGCAUUAUCUCAGGAUAUGUUCAUACAAGUUCUGUGUAAGUACAGGGUACAGUCCUGAAGACUAUACACUGGGACGUGCUUGAUGAUUCCUUGCAGUUUUAUUAUAAUGUAUGGAAAGAACUUAUCACUGAUUAAUAUGUACACAUAGUGAGACCAAAAGAGACAAGGUGCUAGACAUGUCCCAAACUCAAAAAUGUUUACAGUAAACUAUGAUUGCAUAUGUUGCAUAUUUGUUCCUAAUUCUCUUUUCAUGUGGCUUCUGUUGUUAAUUCUCAUGUGAUGACUGGUUUAUUUUGUAGUCCUAGGAAUCGGUUCUUAUAUACAGUGGUAAGUAAGUUCUUAGAAGAUCUUAUGAUGCCUUCUUUCUUCAGAUAUUUCAUUCAGUGAGGUGAGGAAGUGUAAAUUAAUGUUGCUCCUGUGUUUGAAUAAUUACCUUGAAGAUGAAGGUAGGCAAGUUCUCUGAAAUGCUUAUGAAUAUGCCUACUAUAUUAUCUGUCUUCACCCAAAAAUGUAAAUGAGAUUGGCCACUGCCAUGAACACUUAUAGAGUCUCAUAAAUUAAUUACAUUAUUUAGAGAUCCAUUUCUGUGCAUAUAUUUCAUAAGUACAAAUUCUGACCAUGCUAAAUUUGUCUGAUACAUCAGAGACUUCCACCACCACCAUGUUUGUGAUGUUUGACAUGAAAGGAAGGAAUUAAUAAUAUAGUGGUGUAGUUGUAGUCCUAUUUAUGACUAAUCUCUGUACAAAAUUUCACAUGCCUAGUUCCAAUGUCUCUUUAGUUAUCACCAUCAAUCCAAAAGCUAAAUAUAAAUUUCAUACAGCCACUCAUUGUUCUUGCUUUAGACUGUUAUUAGAAAUUACCUACACAAACAUUUCUCAUUUUGGAGAAUUGCACAUCAGAUGUAGCCUUGUACACCUACCAAUAUGAAUACAAUAUGCAAACAUAUAUGUGAAGAGGGCACAUUAUGUGAGCAUAAUGAUUCUAAUGAGAGUUGUAUCACAGAUAGUAAUGACAAGUGGAUCAUAAGGAAGGCAUUAAAGAGAUGUAAAAAACGUUUCCUGUGAAAGAAAACUGUUCUCAGUA